GAAUUCACAGACUACUUUGUAUCCCGUGCUUCCCCCCCGCAGUACAGAGAGGGCCUAUUUUCAGCACCUGAAUGGGGCCAGCACUGUCGUAACAGGUAACUUUGUGUGGCCACGAGCCCGAAGAACUUCUAGGCUCUAGAAUCAGUUCCCUUCAGACACCAGCAUGGUUUGAGGAGGACAUUUAAGUUAUGGAUAACUUUGAGUACAGCAUCCAGAUCAAUGACCGUGACUGGGCAGAAUUUUAUCAGACAGCAGAGGAAUGUGAUUUGAUGCAAGUAUCCCUUGCCUCGGAUGAAGAGGUUUUAUUUAGUGACCCAGAACAUGAAGAUUCCACGCAUCGCACACCCAAAAACAAGCAAAAGAUUAUCAGAGUUAGCUUAUGCCCACCACAGGAGGAGCAACCUCCAGAGGAGCCAUCGAAGAACAAAACCUACAACUGGAUAGUCACUAAUGAGGAUGUGAUGUCAGGGAGUGAAGAUGAAGGUGAUUUUGGAUCAGUUACCAGAUUUCUUUGUCAAAAAGACAAUUCCUUGUUCAAAGUGAAGGUAGCAGAGCAGAGUAUGUACAUUCCAGUGCCUACAGAAGUGAAAGAGCAGUGUAUAUUGAAUCAAUGCACUGAUAUAUCUCCAAUAAAUGAAGUGAAUGACAGUUUAGUGGAUCAGCUGAGGACUCUGAAUAAGCACAGAAAGGAAAUGCAAUCUAAUAUAGAGAUCCCCAAUAUACAGAGAAACACACUCCCUGAGAUAUGUCAUAACAUGGAGAAUGCAAACAAUUUCAAUAAUACGAAUCCUCAAGAUGGGAAGUCUGAUUCCCUAGGCGGGAUUACAGAGGAUUCGGUGCAACUGAGCAGUGGUGAAGACUUACUAAAUUGUGAACAAGAGGAAACUCAAAUACAACACACAAUAAAUGGUUCACCAGAUACAGGGAGUGACGUAGACAUGACCACUGGGGAAGAUGUUAGUUCUAGUUGCAUUGCAUUUCACCGUGACACAUUAAAACCAUGGGAAAGUGACAGUCUUAAUGAAACUAUGGCUAGUCAGUCACAGAAUGCACUACCUACUUCUGUACAAGGAACACUACAAAUGAGUGAAAUUGGUCAGCUACAAAUUAGCCGAGACUCACAGCACAGCAUGAUAGACCAUCCAGAUUCCAAACCAAAUACACUAAUACACCUUCUCCAUGAGCCAAAGGAGUGCACUGAAAAAUCCACACAGACAGACAUCCCAGCAGAGGGCGUUCAAUAUUUCUCCUUCACAAAUUCAUCAAAGCUGCAAAAAAAUAUACCAGACUUCUACACAGAGAAGUUGAAUUUAGGCACUCCGGUCCUAAACCACCUGACUCGCACUAGAGUUUAUAAUUCAUCUGCCAGGGGAAAUCAAACUGUAACCUCCAGCCAUUCGCCAACAAGGCUUUUAGACAGAGUCUUAAGCUUUGUGAGCUCCUCUUUGCCACCCCCUUCAGCACCCCCUGAAGACACUGCUGCCCUCACCAUUCCAGAAAUGUAUGACUUUUUUUACAAUGAUAUCUUAGAAGUCAAAAGCUCUGACAUAAACCUUCAAAAUCAAAGCAGACAUAAUGAAGGCAUUAUGUACACACCUGACAUGUAUGAGUAUUUUUUCACAGAAAAUAAUGCAGGAAAAAAACGAAUCCACAAAGAAACAAGGACAAGAGUAAAGUCAAAUGUGGAUUUGGUAUUUGUAUCAGGUGCAGAGCCUAAAGCAAAUGUUGGUUCAGAAGGGCUGUGUGUCCCUGAGGCCUAUGAGUUUUUCUGUACUGAUGGACCAGAGGAUCAGCAAAGUGAAGGAAUCAUGUUUGGCAUAAAAACCUUUGAUGCUCAAAAGGCUGCUGCGGCCCUCCAGUCCAUUAUGCCUGAAGGAUUAUGCAGAGGUAGAAAAGGUCAUACUGCAAGAGCAAGCCAUCAGAUAGCACUGGGAAAUGGAAAGGGGAGUAUGGGGAGCCCUCACAACACAAGUCUAGCAAGAACUGGUGUUUCGGCCCCACCGGUGUCCCCAGGAAAAGGAGAGGCGUGCCUGAUAAUGUUGGCCAUGGCAUCUUGGGCUUUGAAAUCUUCAGACAUAAAUUCGUCAGAUGGCUGGAAAGCAGCUCUCCUGGCAAACCUUGGUGCCAUCUCUGCCAUUCAUUACUUACGCAGACAAACAGCAGGAGGGGUGCUAGGAUUUUCAACUGAUACUGGAGAAGCCGACUGAUAAACAAGGCAGUUCCAAGACGGGCAACAUAGGGCUGGGUUAUCUCUAGUCCAGUGGGCAACAUGUCAUGACAGGGGCAUUGCCCAGAGCCAACCAGGACAGGGGAACCCCACCAACAACCAUUUUGUCUGCAAUAACAUUUAAACAAAACAUUCGUUCAAUGAAAAGUUCAAAAACAUAACAUCUUUUUAUUUCUUUUAUUAAUAACAUUGCAUUAAGUGCGUAAAAAAUGCACAUAGAUAGCACUAAAUAGACUGAACCAACUAGGCUUUUUUAAAACUUUACUUAUUUAUUAAAGGAGAACAAAGCCCAUCCACAACCCUUUUUUAAAACAAGGUCCCUUUCUCCUGCUCCUGUCCAACCAAAUUAAAUGCUCCCCCAUUAGGUUCCCCCUUGGCCUGAACCCAGGGCCGGAUUUCUCCGUGAGGCGCCCCGAGGCCGCCCCUGUGGCUGUCACCCUCUGCGCAUGCGCGAAU